AUAGUGGAUGGAAGAAUUUUGUGCUGAAGAAACAACGAUUGGAGCAGCUAUAGACACUGUCACACUAACCAAGGGAAAACUGGGCGAGUACCGCAGUACUGACCCACGAACAUUGAAGCUCACCACCUGCUCGGCGAAAUGCGGAAGCGGAGCCGCGAGAACUGUGAGGAACCGGCGGCCACGGCGAGCAACGACGACCGCCUCGGUUCCCUCCCCGACGACGCCCUCCUACACGUGUUGUCCCUGCUGCCCUCGGAGGACGCUGUGCGGACCUGCGUGCUGGCCCGGCGCUGGCGCCAUCUCUGGCGGUUCACGGCCGCGCUGCGCAUCGCCCGCGACGACGGCAAGCGGUGGAGCGUCCGGUGGCUGCACAGGUUCGUCACCAACUUCCUGCGCCUCCGCGACAGCCUCUCGCCGCUGGACGUGUGCGACAUAUUUUGCUGCCCGUUCGUGUUGUACCGGGGUGGCCACGCUGCGCAGGCGUUCUGCUUCAAGGUUGCGGAGGAAUGGGUCCGCCGCGUAGUGUCGGAGCACCGAGCUCGGGUGCUGAAGGUUUGGAUCUACACUCCCGAGAAUAUGCUGGAGCCUGCUGACGCGCCACUCGUCUCGAAGCACCUGACUAGGGUGGAACUAGGCCAAGUGGAAUUGCCAAGCGGAAUUCUAGAUCUAUCAGGCUGCCGUGCACUGGAGCAUCUAGAGCUCAUAUCUUGCAGAAUCGAGAGCGAGAGGAUAUUGCUUCCGUCAGUGAAACAUCUUACAAUCACUAACUCCAGUUUCUGCAUUAUCCCCUGCAGUAGCAUUUCGGCCCCGAGUCUUGUUUCCUUGCAGCUAUCUGACAAUUGGGGCUUUACUCCUGUGCUCGAGAGCAUGCCGUCACUAGCAAAAGCAAUUGUCCGGUUUGAUGACGAAUGCUGUGAAAAAUGCCCUAGAAAUUAUUACGGGGAUUGUGGUCUUGGUGACUGUGAUGGAUGCUAUGGGAAUCUCUGUUUGGAGGAUGACGAAGACAAUCAGUGUGUGCUUCUUAAGGGUUUGUCAGGCACAACGAAUUUGGAGUUGAUAGGUCUACCUGAAGUGUUUGUCUGCAGAAAGGAUUUUAAAUGGCGCCCUACAUUUAGAAAGUUGAAAACAUUGUUGCUCAAUGAGUGGUGUGUUGCUGAUGACUUCAGUUUGCUAAUUUACUUUCUCCAACAUUCACCAAUUCUAGAGAAGCUUACGCUUCAACUGUCCAAGGUGCCAGAACCUGUUGUUAAAGCAAAUGGAUGCCACAGCCCAAGGGAAGGAUCCAUGGUAUCUAAAUGCCUCAAAGCAAUUGAAGUCAAAUAUCAGGAGGAUGGAGUGCUUGAUAAACUUUUAACGAUCUUAAAUACCUAUGGUGUAUCUUCUGAUGUGGUUACCAUCCAAAAGAAGGAUUCUUUAUCUUCUGAAAUGCAAUGCGGGGCAUCUGAUCCUGUGAGGUUUGACUGGCUCCCUGUUCUCAUCGGCCAUUGCCAACAUAGGUGCAGAAUCCACAGCAGCCAUUGCCCUGGUUUCUGUGCCAUAUUCAGAUGGGCUACAGCCAACUUAUUCUUAUAAUUAUCUUUUACCCUUACCUAGGGUGACUACGAAUGGCUGUCUAUCUGAGUUGGAAACUAAUGCUUGAGUAGCAUAUGUCACCACAGAAUAUUUGAUCCGUCCACUUUAAAGGAAUGGCCUACCCAUGCAAGAGCUUGCGCUUUUCAAAUUUCAAUAGGACCUUUCUCUUUCUGAUCUCUAAACCAUUGGUAAAAAAUCAGAAUCGCUGCACUAAAGGCAAGAAAAAUGUAUGACGGUUCUCCUUUUGUACUCCCAAUGAGGCAACUAGCUAUAUGUCUAUUUUAAUGUGUAGAGCUAGGACACUACAUAUAACCUAAGAAGUGCCAAAUAAUAAUAAGCUAAAACUUUCAAACAGUUCGCACCAUUAAGACAUCCUUCAUGCUCUUCAAUACUAAGUAUGUAAUAGCAUUUUCUGUAUUUCAAGGCCCAUUACUAGGGAAUCUGAAAUUUUAUCUGAACAUCAUAUUUCUCUCUUUCAUCCUUUCUGGUUCUCUAAUACUCACUACUUGUUUAAUGUU